AUAGGGCAGCUUUUAAUUCGGCGUAUUCAAGAUGGCAGCAUGUUCCGAGCAGGAGAUAGACGGGAUCCUAUCGACGGAUUUACGCUCAAAUUUUCCCGUUUCUCCUGCGCCGAUACCGAACAGUGAAGUGAUCUCCAAGCACUCACGGACCAGGGAACGUAGCCUAUCAAAGAAGGUCUCCAACAACGAGAGGCUAGGUGGCAGCAGCAGCAACAGCGGUGGAGUGGUGGCCAAGGCUCUGCCGCAGCAGUGGCGAGAGGAGGAGGGGGGUGUGGGGGAGCGGGACAUUAACCAGCUCUCGGACGACGCCUUUGAGAGUGUGCUGCGUGAGCUGGUGGAGUGCAAGCCGCAGGCGCGCUCGAGCUCGCUGGUGCGCAGCCUGCGCCGCGAAGUGCGUGACCAGGAGGAGCUGUUUGAUGGCUCCCUGCACGCGCUGCCCCUGCUCUCCUCGUCUGCCUCCGGAGGGCACCACCAGUCGCGCCACCACCACAGGCCCGGUGGCUCUCUCUCGCUUCAGGACUUGGCCAGCAGCUCUCCCAUGCCGUCGUCCAGCAUGGUGCGGCCGCGCGGGGGAGGGGUCCCCAACCCGGCGGGUCGCGGCAUGAGGCAGGUGAACACAUCUCGCCUCACCGACGCCCGCUCGGCGCGUCUCGACCACCACGUCGAAGUGGCUGCGGCAGUGGCAGCGGCCGGCGGCAGCGCGGGCAGCGGAAGCAGCAGCGGUAGCGAGGCAUCGCGCGCCGAGGAAGAGAAGCCCAGCGCUGCAGUGGCCGCCCUCGGCAGGGUCGACGAGCCCUCCUGCGCCAUCAAGUUCCCGCUCCUCGUCAGGCCUGGCAAGAACCCACAGCCCGACCAGGAGCUGGUGACCAUCAAGAACGGCAGCAGCAUGAGCGCAAGCGAGGACACCGUUGAGAUGCCGACGACGCUGGACCACGGGCCCCGCCGCGUCACCACCGCAGUCAUCGACCACAACCACACCACUUUCAUAGCUGCAAAGGAAUUUUGCAUGGACAAGGAAGGCAGGAUGUCCUUCUUUACUGGCACUUCGACAACCUCCUCCGCACGCUGCGAGAGCGACCGACGCCAAAGCAGCAGCGAGAAAAAUUCGUCGCUGUACCAUUUGCCAGCACGGCACCUUCUUGUCACCCGCGCUGGGUGCGUUCCAUUCGUGCUCGAGGGCCGCUCGGAAACAUGUGACACGGGAACAGUGACUGCCAUUGCACAGAGUCGCAUCCGCGACGGGGAGCUUCACAGCAACAAUGGCUCCUACUCUGCGAGGAAGAGCAAGAGGUCCCGCAACCACGUGGAUCCUACCGUGAUGGCUGAGCAGAUGACUGGCCACCGUGGCAGCGACUCCAUUGACACCCUGCUGGCGUACAUUUACUCGGACGACAAGAGUGGAGCACCUAACAGCUCCUCAAACAACGGGGGUGUGGCCACAGAGAACCGCAAGGGCAAAAACGUGCGCAAGGGCACAACCUCCUCUUCAUCCAACUCCAGCGGUGCCAAGAACUCCUUGUCGAGUCCGCCACCGGGCCAGGCUGACGAGAAGGAGGUGGUGCAGGAGGGCCUGUCGGAGGACGUCAUCAACAACAACUUCGACUCUUCACAUCGACGAGCUGUCUUUGAGGAUGCUCCGCUCUGCGGAGGAGGUGGUGGCGGCAGCCCAAACGAGAAGGAGCGCUCGUUCUCACCAAGCUUCUACUCCGACUAUGGCACGGAGACCGAGCUUCCCGGGAGCUACAGGGUGGACCUGUCGUCCUACUCGGACGUCGACCAGAUUCAGGAGUCUGAGUUCAGGCUAGUCACGAAGAAGCAGCGGCGGAGAGCUCAGCUCAAGAAAGCAGCGACGACCGUGUACGAGGGCUUCCACAGGCCACUCGGAGGGGGGGGUGGCGGCAGUGCGACGGGAUUCGGCAGCUCGCACGGAACCACCGCCACUACCGCAACCGGCAAUGGACCGGUCGAGGACUCAACGGUGCGGAGACCUGGUGUGCAUUCUCUUGAGAGCCUGUCGCAGCCGUACCAGCAGCAGCAGCAUCAACGCAACAGCGUUGGUGCAGCGAGCAUCCGCCAUGAGCCCCCCGCCACGGCGGUGGGGGGCGGCCGCCAGCACAACUACACGGGCUCGGCGCCGCCUUCCGAGCCGUCUUCUCCAGAGAACUCUGACCUGGACAGCGUCCACUCGCUGCCAGUGAGCAGUGGCAGUGGCGUGGCUGCCACCAUGGUCUUGCAGACGUCGUACGCAGACAUUGCGCGCAUGUCUUGCCGGCAGGGCCGUGGUGGGACUAGUGGCAACGGUGGUGGUGGUGGGUGUGGUGGUGCCGCUGCAGCGAAUUCGUCGGCGGGGGCAGAGAACUCGACAGCCGUAGUAGUGCCUUCGCAACAAACGGCAGUUCGGCCGACUAGUCAAGGAACAGAGGCUCCGGCUGUGACUUCAACAACGACCGCAACUACGCCCACGGCAGGUGGCCCGACCAUGACAGCUGUGAGCGGUGGUAGUGUACGCGAGAACGUUUCGUCGUACUCCACGGAGUGUUAUCAGAGUGGCGAGGGCGACAGGUCGAGCAGCCCUGCGGUUGUGCUCCUGGACGACAUUGGCGGCACACCACCCUCAAUGCUUAGCGAGAUAACUUUUGGUUUUGAUGUGAACGAGCAGCUAGUGCAAAUGAGUCUGAACAGCCAGUUCCAAUGUGUGCCUUCGGGGGGAACUCUUGGGGAAGGGGGAGAGCCUGCUGCCAUGGCUACUGCAACUCCCACUGUUGUGGCUCCUCCUCGGUUUGACGGGCGGCCGGAAGAGCUGGGCAGGUUUAACCACAGGGAUGUGGUGGACUUCCUGGACUGGGAGUGGGUGAGAGCCUGCCAGAGCUACGAAAAAGAAGGCUCCUCGGACUCCAAGACAAGGGUCCUGUACUACUGUGAUUCGUCGUCGUCCGGUGGCCAGCGGCAACAGAACAGCUAGCCUGCACACAUGCCCCUUUUCAAGGAAUGAAGCUUCGAGAAGAGGCAGCAACGGGCUGCAGUGCGGUUAGGCUCAUCAUUGUGUGUUCGUGAUGGCGCGCGGCAGAAAAAACUGGUUGUGUGGCGUGUGCAUGCUUCAGCUGCUCUGGCCAUCUCUCUCUCUCCUUUCUUCUCACGUGGCUUUCUUUUCUUGUCGCCAGCAUUCGAGUGCUUCACCUUGUCUGUCGUCACCUGGCUGUCUCGCCUCAGCAAAGUCUUCCGCCGCUGCAAGCAAGCCGCGCGAAAAAGUCUCUAAGCACAGGGCUUGGCCACCCACUCUUUGCAUCCGGCUGCCGCAUCUGCCUCACUACUUCCCAUCUAAUGCCUUUUUUCAUUCUUUUUCUUCCCUCAUUCGACAUGAGAGGCAAGACUGCUGGCGGAGAAAGCACAUAGCAGCUCGUCCAUUUUCACAGUCAGCCGCCGCUGCUCUGCUUUUCGCCCAACCGAGCCGACUUGUGAAAGAGUGAUGAGAGUUCCCUCGACUCGGCUCGUCUCGCGAGACCCGUUCUUUCGCAACGUUACAACCGGGAAACGUAACAUGCCUGCAGACACGUCGGCAUCUCUCUGACGUGGCCCCCAGAGACUGUGUUUGUGUGUUUGUUUGUGCACACCUUCCUUGUCCUGUGUGUUUCUGUGAUUGCCGUGCCGCUGUGACUGACGUUGGAGGCACGACGUGACGUGCAGAAGAGGGGUGGCUAUGCAUACAGACUUCUGACUCUGAUCGCUCCUUUCGUUGACGAAGCAAGACAGGAGAAACUACUGCCCCUCUCCCCAAGGAAGCAAGGGUUGCAAAUGGGUGAAGAAGUGCUCGAAGACUCGCCACGUCUGUUUGGGGCUCCUUCGUUAUUCUCAGUCUCGGCCUUCGUCGGUGGCUGUAGGGACAACAUAAAAAAGCGCUUGCUCAGCGUUGCGCGGACAAAUGCUCACGAGCGGUGCCGAGACAGGAAAACAAUGCAGAUUGUUGUUGUUGCUCUCUAAUUCCUCUUUCGAAUGACGUCCCACCAUCCUUUCCUGAUAUCCCCCUUAACCUUGAUUCCCUGAUAAGUGACUUGGCUCUCCCCCCUUUGAGAAGGUAAGGGGUUCAGUUGCACAUUUCUGGAACUGCAGCAUCACGGGUAGGCUCUCUUUAAGGAGUGCGAUAGACACAGUCUGGGGCAGUGUGUGCGUGGCGUUGGACUCUUUGCCCCUGUGCACAUUGUGGUGGCAGACUGCUUAUCGACGGACGGACUGAUCGCAGACAGCUGUCGACUGAACGUGUCUUGCAAGAAAAUCUUAAAAGGUUCGUGGGAGAUGGGGGGUGGGGAUGGGGAUUUGUUGAAUGAUAAAGGUGAUGAAGAGAAGUUCCUCUUUGGUUGCUACGUAGGGAACUUAGGCAAAAGACUUUUUUUUUUUAAUUGUCGUUUUUGAAAGGGAAGGCUCCGAAACUUGCUGCGUGUGAAGUGUGUGCCAGGUGGUGUGAGCCUCUGUGUGUGUGUGUGUGUUUGCAUGCAUUGUUCGGUAUGUGCGUUGUUGCCUUAUACUCAUGCGACACUUUGGUAGUGUUGUGAUGUUUACUUUAUUAUUUUUUUAAAUCCCUGAUGGACGUUCUGAAUUGGACUGCUACUGCCACAUAAGUGUCCGUGGGAUUAAGGGGGUUGGGGCACGAGAAUGUCUUAAUGAAGGAUGAAAGAAAUGGACGUGUGUAUGUUCUUGCACUUUGAGACUGGCCUGGGAGGAGAGUAUCUGUGAGCCUUGUCUUCUUUUUUUUUUUUCUUCCGAGGACCUCCAAGUAUUCUACAGUCAAAACGCAUUGCCAGAAGAGCUGCUCUGUGUUACGCAGGAGUUCAGUGCAGUUUGUUCACGCCUUCUCAAAUGCUGGGGUUGAGUUUUAUAUGCACAGGUCAAGCCUAGUUUUUUUUUUUUUCUUUUGUGCGCUUGACAACGUUGUGAUGACUUUGCCACAUUUUAAUUUUUUUUUUUUUCACUCUUCUAAGAGCCUGCCAGCACCAUCUUUUGCUGCCACAAUGGUGUUGCGCAUUAUUUAUUAUAUAAUUAUUGUUACAAUAGUUGAGAAGACUGCGAAGGGCACUGGUGAGAUGCAGAGUGCUUCUUGCUGCGAUGACUUGCAGGUUCUCCCAGUGUUGACCUGUGAUGGAACAAAAGAAAGUAUAUAUUAUAGGUCAGGGUAAACGAAUCCUUCCAUUCAACCCCACCCUCCUUAUCAACCCCCCCCCCCCCCCAACCACCACACUUUGCCAAAUUGAUCGGCCUGAUCAUCCCCCCGUUUUGAAGCUCGAUGAAAGUGGGGAGGUCUGGUGGAACUCCAAUCUGUAGGUGACAUAUCCUUGUAUACGUGGGUGAUAGCCACUGGCAAGCACCAUUUGUCGCUCAAGGAUGGCUCUGCACAUGCUCUCUGAGAGCAAGUGAUUGUUGAGGAAGCGAAAAAAACGAGUUUUUGUGUUCCUGAGUUUAUGAUUAGUUCAUUAAAUAUACAAGUCGAGCUUUGGCACAACCCCCCACCCGCCAUCCUCCAUUGCCAGGUUCCGAAGUUUCUCCCAGCACUUGUUUGUCGUGCAAGUCAUUCUCAGGCCGUGGAAGAUGUUUUGGACUGUCUCGGCUGUGCCGUGUCUGACGCGGAACAUGGGAGGAGAGCAGCAUAAUAGGUGUUUUUUGUUUGUUUUUGAUGUUGUUUGAGAGAGAAAGCGUUAAAUGAAUGUCUAAAAGUAUUCACUAGUCGACGACGAAGAGGUGAUUUCAGUAACGAGGCGGCAUCAGUCGAGACUCUGGAGACUAAAAUAGUAACGAGGACUAUUGUGUGUCCGCGAGUGUGUGCACAUGCGCGGAUUUUUUUUUUUUCUUCCCCUCGACUGGGCCCGAAUUUCUCGUCCCCGUUUUUCGAGUGUCUGUGAAUGCGAAGAAAGAAAUAUAUAUAUAAAUAUAUAAUGUGCGAAAAAAAUCUUCCCGGCUACCGCGUGAAGAAAACACCCCAAGUUUUGUCGUUCCUUUCAUCCCUUUCAUUAGAGACUGUGUAAAGAAAAUGUCAUCGUGGCAAGGUUGUUUCAAACAUUUUGUCCGAUGCUUUUCCUAGCCAAAAGAGCCUGUUCGCUGAACAUUCCACAUUGGAUUGGCCACUACUACGAUGCGCAGUCUUUGCGCACUCAACGGAGUGUUCGCGCCUAUUACCCUGUUGCGAACGAAAAAGCUGUGUUUACGACGGCGCUGUGUACUUCGCCUCGCUGCCAAGGGACAAUUUUAUCGCGACGCGGUUUGUCUGCAUUGGCUUGUGGCCUGUGGCCUGGCAUACAUUAAACUUCGCGCUCUUUUUUUUUUAUUUUUCGCGCAGCGACAGUCCCCUUCCCCUUGGCCUCCCCAAUUGCAUUUGUGGAGGGGAUGAACGGGCCCAAAAGAAAGUGCAAUGAAAUAAAAACAGUUGCUUGAAGAGUUUA